AUUUAUUAAAAUGAAUUCCUCCUAAAAACUAAAGGAAUCUCAAAUUCCUGAGAAGGAGAAAGAUAAAAAUAAGUCCCAAAAAAGCAAGGAGGAUGCCAAAGAGACUCUUAAGAAAAUUGUCGAAUAGGCUCGUUAAGCAAUCCUAGAGAACAAGCUAAAUGUAACUUUUAUUCAAUAACCAAGGCCACAGAAGAAGUUCACAAAGCCAUGAUCGAAUAUAAAGAGAUCUUGGGGGGAGAAAAUAGUGUUCUGCUUCUUCCUGGUUUAUUUAUAUAGGCAGAAGGAUACAUAGCAGAAGGCAAAUUGAAAAAAGCUGAAGAAUUUCUGUAGGCUGCAUAUUGGAAUCUGUAUCAAUACAAUAAACCAAAAGAAAAGGGAAGCGAAGAUGGCAACAAAAUGGGGUAAGAUAUUUCAGAAAAGGAGAAUGCAGAAUAUAAUGGUCAGUUGCAUAAAAUAUUUUCAAAACUCUACUUUGCUUAAAAGGAUUACAAAAAAGCAUUAGCAGAAUUAACAAUCGGAGUAAUCGUUGUCUCUAUGUUUUGAUUAGAUUUAUACAGAUUCCUGCAGUUCUGAUCCAGAACAUCCCCAGACAAGUUUGAAUUACUAUUAUAUGGGAUAAAUUUUCUAAUAAAAGAAACAAAUCUCAGAGGCUGAAUAGUUUUAUGCAAAAGUAACGUCAAAGAUCAAAUAUUCUAGACUUCCCAAUGUUGGUAUAAAUAUUUAAAGAGAUAUUACCAAUAUGGUACACCAUCUAUGGAAAAUCUUCCAGAGGAAGUCAUUUUCAAGGAGGCUUUAUAAGUUCUCAAAUAAAUUGAAGGUUAAAUGGUUUGAUUUAUAUUAGAAUAUUUCAGAAAACACAUUGAUGAGAAUAACAUCAAGUUAUACAUAAUACCAAUCACUAAUAACUUGUAGGCCUAAGCCUUUGUUUACAAAAAGUUGAAUAAUGAAGAACAAUAUAGACAUUAUAUGGGGUUGGCUUAUCAAGAAUUUCUUAUGCAAUACGGUGAAAAUCAUAAGAAGACAAAGAAAGUGACAGAAAUUUAGGAAAUUAUUAAAUAAAGGGAAAGAGAUUAUUGA